AGCUUCCAUCCAACCGAACACGGAGCCGCCAGCACAGUCAAACUCCGUCGUAACGGUUUGUUGUGCGCAAGAAAAAGCUGUGCAAUUGACUUUCUCAGCGAAACUUUUGUGUGUGAAAACCGAGCAUAACGUUGGAGUUGUGAGAAUUUUCACCUCUAAAAUAGUGCCGCAUGUGUGAAAAUUGUACGAAAAAUCGACAUUCCCUUGGCUGAAAUCAAGGAAAAAGUGUGUUGACGGAAUUUUAGUUCGCGUGUGUGCAAAAAGUGAUUAAUCGAUUUGUUGUGUGCCGAAGCAGAGGUUUCUUAAAACGUCAUCGAAUCGUGCUCACCUGAGACGGUGAAUGCUCCCAGAAUUAUUUAAGUGAAGUGAUUUCCCAUUCUAAGCGGUAUCCAUCUAAAUUUUUGCCCUCAUCCCAACCGUGAGCUCCGUGAGCUCACAACAUCAUUGUGAUCGAAUUGUUCUACAUACCAUGAAGAAUUGUCCACGAGUCUCGCGACUUUUCCAGGCAGUUUAAAAUUAAAACACAGAAAUUUUAAAAUAGGAAUUUAAUUUAUUCCCAUUUUUUUGUAGUUAUAUGCGUAUUUACCUGUGUAUGAUUAGUGAAGUGGUAUUGGUGUGCGCGAAAAAGAGCAUUUUUCGAGUGAAAAGUUGAGUUUUGUUCCAAGCGAAGUAUUUUUUUCUUCUUCGUAAAUUAAACAAUAUUGGAUUACGGUGAAACGAGACGGCGAUAGUUUAGUGAUCGUCAGGCAGAGAAUUUAUACGGAUUUAGAGAAUACAGACACACAUCCAUCGGUGAGAGAAGUUACGGAAAAGUAGCGAGACACCAACACAGCAUCUAAGAAGAGGCGAUCGCGUCAUGGUAUGAAGGAGCCGAACCACUUUGACGAAAUUGUGCCGGGAAGGCCAACCGCUGCUGAGCUUAGGGCAAUGGCGUUGAGACAACAGCAGCAGAUCGAUUCCCAGCACCAGCUUCUCGCGGCGAAGGAGCAGCGAUUGCGCUUCCUGAAGGCCCAAGAGGCUCGUGGAGCUGCAGCCGCUGCUGAAGGUGAACGCCUAAGGCGACUCAGGGAACGUGUCGAAGCUCAGGAAUCUAAAUUGCGACGCCUCAGAGCACUCCGUGGACAAGUGGAUCUUCAGAAAACCUACAAUGUCACGCUGAGCAAUGACUUGGAUUCCAUUAGGGCACUCUUUAGCGAGAAGGAGAAGGAGUUGAGUUUGGCUGUGGCAAAAGUGGAAGCUCUCACGAGGCAACUUGAGGAUUUGCGACGAGAUCGACGUGGACCACUCAAUCUCAUACCAGGUGGUGGAAAUCCCGGUGGCAAUCAACAGCAAUCCGCAGCGGCACGUGAACUUGACAAAUUACGUCGAGAAUUGAUGUAUCGCAAUCAGUUGUCGCUGCAACAAGAUGCACGACUUCAUCUGCAACGAGAGGCUCUACAGCAGCGUCAGGCGGAACUACGAUCAGUGGACCAGAGGAUAUUGGAAUUACAGAGUCGAUUGCAACGCAAGAAGGCAUCCAAUUUACUCCUACAGACCUCGCAAAACCCAUCUCCAUCUCCACCCCAGCUGACACCACCGGCAGCCACCACGCAACCACUGCAAAAUGGAACAACAGCAACAGUAAGGCCAUCGAAUAAUGUCUACCCAUCUCAGAGGAUUGUUCCUCGUGCCAACAAUGUUGCUGCAGUGGAACCCUACGUGCAUACACCUCAGAAGAACAGCAUUCCGAUCUCGAAGCCAGCCCAGCAUCUUAUUCACGAUCUCACGGCGCUCAAACAACUGAAUCAGGCAUCGAAUCAAGCGAGUAUUGUGAACCACGUUGCAUAUGCGGAAAGUGAUGAGAGCAAACUUGCCCGGCAAAAACGACAAAUGGCCACAAAGAUCAAAGAUCCAGAUGAAGAUCUGACCGUGACGGAUUUUGCUGUUAAGAAGAAUGAUCCCAAAUAUCAAACGCUACCGUACAAUACGAAGUUCGGAACACCCUUUGGAGCCAAAACCCCAUCGUCUGCAGCAUCGACGGUAUCAGCGGCGGUAACAUCGACAACGACAACGGUUACGUCGAAUGGAAGUCUAUCGAAAACGAACGAAUGUGAUAGCGAGAAAGCGGGAGAAAUUGUCAAGACACCAACGUCCAGUACAACCCCAAGUGCGACGCAGAAGACACCGAAGGAGGAAAAGCCAGGACCGAAACCCAAGUCACUCCAUCAAAUUCCCAGUGGGAAUCUUGUUGUGCCACCCCGGAAGCCAAUCAGUAGUGUUGCCCCGACAACAAUGAUCCCCAAAAUUGUUGCUCACAAUCCCAAAGUACAAAUGGUGGCACCCAGUGUCAAUCACACGGCAGCACAGCAGAGUGGGAUUCCUGUGAGUGUGGCAAUGAGUGAAGCGGAUAAAGUGCGACCUGCAUUGCCACCGAAGCCCAACAAAUCACCACCUCAGUCAGACACAGACUCCCCCAAUGCCUCAAUAGCUGUUGUUUCAUCGGCCUCAGUUGCUGCUACAACAACCACUUCUGCCCCGACGAUUGUGAGUAUGAUUAACAAACCCCCGGUAACGGAGCCAGCAAGCAGCAAUAGUGACUCCUCAUCACCUGUCCUGCCACCUCCAAUGGGACUCUCAGACAAUCUUCCAAUCAAACCGAAACCACUCACAAUUAAAAAGCAACCAAUCCACGAACAACCCAAACUACGAUCAAAUACUGGCAUUAAACCCAUUCAGUAUACAUCGCGACGCAUUGAAAUGCCUCCUGCCUUCCUUUUCCCGGAAGUAGCAACAGCUGAGCUAAAGGACAAAAGUGAACCCCCACAGAGCACCCCACCAGUUGCCUCACCGAAAUCCUCACCGGAAGAAUCAACACAAAUGAAUGGCUCUCUCGAUGAGACGGACAAAUCAACAAGCUCCUCAACGGGUGAUGACACAGUUACAUCAUCCGAGAAUGAGGGUGUUCAACGGAGAACACGUACAAUCUCCACAGGAGAGGGUGGUGGUGGUAAAGCAAAAUUAGCUCGAAGAGUUAGCUUUGAUCCGCUGGCAUUGCUCCUUGAUGCCAGUCUUGAGGGUGAACUCGAGCUAGUCCGCAAAACAGCUAUGCAAGUCACAAAUCCAAGUGCUGCCAAUGAUGAGGGUAUUACAGCACUUCACAAUGCAAUCUGUGCUGGUCACCUGGAGAUUGUAAAAUUCCUUGUGGAAUAUGGAUGCGAUGUGAAUGCUCAAGACAGCGAUGGAUGGACUCCACUCCACUGUGCUGCUAGUUGCAACAAUUUAGCCAUGGUGAAGUUCCUGGUGGAGUCUGGGGCGUGUCUCUUUGCCGCCACCCUGUCAGACCAUGAAACUCCAGCUGAAAAAUGCGAAGAAGAUGAGGAAGGAUUCGAUGGUUGUUCUGAAUAUCUCUACAGCAUUCAAGAAAAACUUGGAAUCCUCAAUAGUGGCGAAGUCUACGCAGUCUUUUCAUAUGAUGCUCAACAAGCAGAUGAAUUGAGCUUCUCAAUUAAUGAUCAUCUGACAAUUCUGCGAAAGGGUGAUGAUGCUGAGAGAGAAUGGUGGUGGGCAAAGGACAGCACUGGCAAAGAGGGAUACGUCCCUCGAAAUCUUCUGGGACUCUAUCCCCGAAUUUCGACGAGGCACUCACCCAAUCUUGAAUAGCGUUUAGUGAAAUGCUGGAAAAAUCUGGACACGGGUGUCCUGACCAAGUGCUACGUGUCCCAGUUUAUUUAAGGAUUCUAAAGUAUUUCAGAAUCAACAGCGGCAAUUUUUUUUUAUUUUUAAAACAUGAAAAUCUCUAAAAAUCAAUAUUUAGGAUUUUGAAAAAGUUGUUUUGUAAUUUUUAAAAUUUAUAUAUAAAAAAAGAUUCUUGUCAAACCUCUAUCAUCCCAGGAGAACCUUCUUUCCAGGUGAAAGAAACAAUUUUAUGAGUCCCCUUUGACGAAAUAAAAAAAAAAAACACAUCAAAUUUAUAUAUUGUUGCCUUUUAGUGGGAUAUCGAUUGAAUAUUAAUCUAUUUUUUUUUGUUAAUUUUAAGUGUAAAACGAACAAAAUUUGCAGAUAUUUAAAGCAAAAAAGAAAAUGAGAAUGUUUAAUGGGAAAAAUCGGUGCAAAAAAUAGGAUGGAAUUCUUGAUACUUUUGCAAAAUUUUCAGCAAUGAAGAAAGACAAACUAUCGAAUAGAAAUUGUACAUUGAACACAUUUUUAGAUAGAUAAAGAAAAAAAUUUAUUAAAAUAUCAGUGUAAAUAAAAAAAAUAAAUUUAUCCUCCACACACAUUUGGGAAGAAUUCUUGAGGAAAACUUUUGAGGAAGACCGUGAUGCGGGAGGGGGGAGAAAAGGAAUUCCAAGUGAAUUUCCGAGCAAACUUUCCUUUUUGAGAUGAAAUUUUAUAGUGCCAUUUCAAAAUUAUUAUAUAUUUACAGACAUAUAUAUUAUUAACACUUAUUUAUUUUGAUGUUAUCCUUUUAAGCCUCAAUGAUUCUAUCUUCCUCUCCAUCUCUCUGUUGAUAGUUGUGUAGUAAAGUUUUCCUCAUAAAUUCUUCCCCUUUGAUGCCGUCGUCAACAUUUCAAAAUCUCUCUACUCUCAAGAAAUCAUAUCAAAAUAAGCAUGUCAUUUUGCAAUCUUAUAAUAAAAAAAAAACAAAUAAUAUAAACAAGUAUUUUCUAGAACGUAAGAAAAAAAAUAUUGAAGAGAUGUUUAAGAAGAAAAAAAUAUCAUUCUUGUUGUCUUUUAAGGAAUUUUAUUUAAAAGACGAUUUAGAAUAGAAAAAAAAUGUAAAAGUUCUUUAUUCACUCACACUCAGAAAAUCACGUUCUUUGACCAUUUACAACACACAUACACACAUAUCUUACUUAUCUUGUAGCUCCAAUUUAAUAUGCAAGAUAAUUUUAAGAAGAAAAAAUGUGAAAAUUUGUGAGAUUGCAAAAAAAUGUUUAAACACCCACCACCCCCUAACUUAUUUGGAUAAUUUUGAUUUUAUUUAAAUAAAAAAGAAAAUGAAAAAGUAUUUCAAAAAGGAUAUUAUUAAAGAAGGAAAAAAAAGGAAUGAGAAUAAAAAUUGAAAGAAGACAAUAAUUGAAUUUUAUCAUCAAUUUAGCGAGUUUCAAGGAUCAAGAAAAAUUUAAUAAGUUGUUGUGUAGUUUGGAAAUAUUAAUAAAAUAUCGACCAAAACUAGAAUAUUUCUUCUAAAA